ACUUGAAUCUUGGAAUACGAUAUAUAACGUCGGUGCGCCUCCAGAGUCGUCUUAUAGUUCGUCUUGUUCUCAGUGCGGUUUACGUACGAUCGACGGCACGCGCGAAGAACGGUACCUUUACUUACACGUCCGAUGGAUUUUUGUGUGGUCUCUAAGAAUAUGAACAAACCGUAACCAACGAAUAUUUACGCAUCGAACGCGGACGAGCGUGAAAAACGUGCACGCAUAGACGCCUCACGAGAAUGGUACUACAGGAAAAAUAUUGGACCAAAAUUGAAGGUGCCUGUUGCAUAGUGGUUGCAUACAUCACGGCUCUGAUAAAACUCGUAUUGAAGUACAUCGUCGGAACUUAUUCGGAUUUCGGAAAUCAGUGCGAUUCUCAGCGAAAAAUUUACAAAACAGUUGCGGAUAUUCCAGGACCAAGGUCAUUGCCUGUAUUCGGAACAAGAUGGAUCUAUUGGAAAUUCGGUUUGUAUAAACUGAAUGCCGUACAUCUAGCAUACAAAGAUAUGUUUAACCGGUAUGGAGAUAUUAUUUGCGAAGAGGCAUUAUGGAACAUACCAAUUAUAAGUGUCAAAGACAGAGAUUUCAUCGAAAAAGUACUUAGAGAUAGUGGAAAGUACCCUAUCCGGCCUCCAAAUGAAGUAACGGCGAAUUACAGAAAGUCUCGACCGGAUCGCUAUACAAAUACAGGACUUGUGAAUGAACAAGGUGAAGUUUGGGCGAUGUUAAGAAAUAAACUGACACCGGAACUUACUAGUCCUAGAACAAUACAACGUUUCUUGCCAGAAGUUAAUCAAUUAGCAGACGAUUUUAUCAACUUGAUUUCCCAAGCGAGAGACAGCAAUAACGUAGUCGAAAAAUUUGAAUCGUACUGUAACAGAAUGGGAUUGGAAAGCACAUGUACGUUGAUUUUGGGCAGGAGAUUCGGAUUUUUGGACGGAGAAGUUAGCGAGACGGCUACGCGUCUAGCAGAUUCCGUAACUAGUCAGUUCCGAGCAUCUCAGGAAGCGUUUUAUGGGCUUCCCCUCUGGAAAUUAAUACCAACAAAGGCGUAUAAAGAAUUUGUAGCGAGCGAAGACGCUUUAUACGAGCAAGUACAACUUGUAGAUAAGUUAAAAAUAUACGAUUCUAAUAAACGUUUUAAAUUGUUCGAAUUUAGCAUCGUGUCCGAAAUCGUAGACACGGCCCUGAUUGAUGAGGAACAGUCUUGCACAGACGUACGCAGCGUGUUCGUAUCUAUACUUCAGGUAUCAGGGUUGGACAACAGAGACAAAAAAGCCGCGAUUAUUGAUUACAUUGCCGCUGGAAUAAAAACACUAGGAAACACCCUUGUGUUUUUAUUAUACUUGGUUGCCAAACAUCCGGAUGUACAGGAAAAGAUAUAUAAUGAGAUAUCAUUAUUGGCUCCAGCAGGUACAUCUAUUACUGCUGAACAUUUACACAAAGCCACAUAUUUGCACGCGUGUAUAUCUGAAGCUCACAGACUUCUACCCACUGCUCCAUGUAUUGCAAGAGUUUUGGAAUCGGAAGUCGAAUAUGACAAUUACCGAUUGCCAUCAGGGACUGUUGUUUUGUUGCACACCGGAUUAGCGUGUUUGGAAAAUAAAAAUUUCAUAGAUGCUACUUCUUACAAACCGGAAAGGUGGUUAGACGAUUUGACGAAAAAAUCACCGUUCUUGGUCGCACCGUUCGGUUGUGGCAAACGAAUGUGUCCUGGGAAGCGGUUUAUAGAAUUAGAACUUCAAAUUGUUUUAGCAAAGAUGGUUAAACAAUUUCAUAUCAAUUUUGAGGGACAACUAAAAACUGAAUUUGAAUUUCUUUUGACACCCAGCAACGCAAAUUUUAUUCUACGAGACAGAAAUUGUUGAUGUUUUUAGAUACUUUAUUAAAUUAAUCCUACAAUAAUUUAAUAUACGUAAUACUUUCAUAGGUAUAUCGUAUAUUAAAUAAUAAUUAAUAUUAUAACAUUGAAAUAUUUAUUUUAUUGUACUGCUAUAAAGUUAGACAUAUUAUCAUCAUAUUUUAUAUUUUUUUAAACCUUGAUUAUUUAGUAUAUAUUAUAAAAGCUAUAUACAUUUGUAUUUGUA